AUGUCCAACAAGAUUCAGAAGGUGCUCGCGCGCCAGCAGACAAAAAUCUCAGAAGGCGACUUCUACGAAGCCCACCAACAACUCCGCACCAUCGCCAACCGCUACGUCAAAUCCCAAGACUGGCCCGCCGCCGUCGACCUCCUCUCCAAUGGCGCCUCGAUGCUGCUCAAAGCCGGCCAAGGCGGCUCCGGCUCCGACCUGUGCAUAUACCUGAUGGAGGUCUACCAAAAGGCUGAGAUGAAGGCGGACGUGGGCAACAAAGCGCGGAUACUGGGCUUGUUGCGAGCGUUCCCACCGAAUGAGCCGAGUAAGAAGAAGUUUGUGACGGGAAUUGUGGAAUGGUCGAGCAAACACAGCGAAUUCCCCUCCGGCGACCCCGAACUCCACCACGUAAUCGGCAGCCUCUACGCGGAAGAAGGCGAGCCCUACGACGCCGAGCGCCACCUCACCCUCGGCACCAGCGACAGCGCCGCCGUCUUCGCCGACAUGGAAUACGCCUGGUACAGCUCCGACGAACCCUCGACCGCCUCGCACUACGCUGCGCGCGCCGUCUUCCCCUACCUCCUCAUCGGCAACACGCGCGCCGCGAACAAAGCCCUCCUCCUCUUCACCUCCAAACUCUCCUCCUCUCACCCAGGUCUCGGCGUCCAAUCCAUCUCCUCCCCCUCCUCCGAUAUAAGGAUCUAUCCCUCCCUCCCCCUGCUCAACUUCCUCGGGCUGCUCCUCCUCGCCAUCCAGCGCGGAAGCGCAGACCUCUUCAAGCAGCUCAAGACACAUUACGCCGCGCAUCUGAAAGAAGUGCCACAUUGGGAGGAACCUCUCCUCCAGAUCGGAGAGAUGUACUUCGGCAUCAAGAUCCCUUCGCAGAGUAACCCGAUGUUCGACAUGAUGAGCAGCAUGCUCAUGGGCGGCAACAACCCUUUCGCGCAGAAGAAGAAAGAGUCGAAUCGUGUGCAGGCCGCGCCAGCAGGGAAUAGCUCGUCGUCAGGGGGACCAGGGACGCCCGCGCCUGCGCCGGCGGUGGAUUGA